AUGGGAGGACUUGAACCCAUCAUAAUUGAAGAACAGUUGUAUAUUACAUUGUGGUACCUCGGUGAGAAUGACACUAUACAGAAAAUUGCAGACAGAUUUGGUGUGGGUGAAGCCACUGUUACACAAUGUCGUAACAAAAUCCUGAAGAUUGUGCUGAAAAACUUAAAAAAGAAAUUUGUUGUAUGGCCUACUCAUGAGGAAAUGCUUGAAGAGGAGAACCUAUUUGCUGCUCGUAAUGGAUUCCCUGAUAUUGUCGGAGCUUUAGAUGGAACUCGCAUCCCUAUCUCAAAACCAAGAGAUCACCCUCAGACGUACGUAAAUCGCAAAGGUUUCCAUUCCAUUCAGCUUCAGGCAAUAUGUAGACAUGAUAUGCGAUUUAGCCAUCUCUAUGUCGGGUAUCCUGGAAGUGUGCAUGAUGCCAGGGUACUAAGAAAUUUAUAUCUGUGGGAUGUUGGAUUACAACGUUGUAAUAUGCAGCAUCAUGUCUUGGCAGAUGGGGCUUAUCCCUUACGAAGAUGGCUACUGACUCCUUUUCGAAACAAUGGCCACCUAACCCUCAGGGAAAAGAAGUACAAUAAAUAUCACUCUUCGAUUAGAGUGGCCAUAGAAAGGGCAUUUGGUAAUUUGAAAGGCAGAUUUCGGAGACUACUUAACUUGCAAACACACAGUGUCAAAACUGCAUGCAAAGUUAUAAUGGCAUGCUGUGUUCUUCACAACAUAUACAUUAUACAAGGAGAUGUGGAUCUGGCAGAUUUUUUGGAUGACUAUGAGGAACCUGAUGAAAUUCUACACAAUCAUCUGAUUCAGGAGAGGGUGUACUUAAAAGAAAUAGAAUUGCAAAUGCUCUCAUGUGAAAUUACAAAAGUACUGGUUUGA